UGCUACCGACUGCGUAAUUAUACGAAACGCGUAUUUUUUGGAACUUUGACUAGACGACUUUCUAUACUAAACUUAUUAAUUAAAAUAGAGAUACCUAUCUAGCUAUAGUAGGCUUAUAGGUCCAGAAGUCUAGAGACUAGAGUAGAUCUGUCUAUACUAGGGUCUAGAUCUAGUGCAUAAAUUCUAAAACCAAAAGAUUUACCAGAUAAUCACUGAAUCAGCUAUGCUUGGCUGUGGCUUAGUAGGCGUUAUUGUCAUAGUAAUAAGUAUUGUUUUUCAAGUAUGGAAAAUCUUCUUGUGUGGGCCAACAGUGGCAACAGUUAUGUCAAAUACUCUUAUUGAUUGGCAGAAUAAAGGAAAUGAAAAAUGGAUUGAUGAUCAAAAAAUAUUUUAUAUUUUUGAACAAGGUGAAGGGAGUGCAGGAACAGUUAUAUGUCUUCAUGGAUUUCCUACAAGUAGUUACGAUUGGAAAAAGAUGUUGCCAGAUUUAAAAAAAGAGUUUAAUCAAAUACUUCUUUUGGAUUUCUUAGGAUUUGGUUUCAGUGACAAACCUGUAGAUUACACUUACACCAUUUUUAAACAAGCCGACAUCAUUGAAAAUCUAGCCUUUAGUCUCCAAAUUACUUCUGCUCACCUUCUUGCUCAUGACUAUGGUGACACUGUUGCUCUUGAACUCAUGGCCAGGUAUAAUUUUAAUGACUUGAAAUUUGAAAUCAACUCCCUGACUAUGCUCAAUGGAGGAAUAUUUCAGGAAACCCAUAAACCAAGAUUAUCACAGAAACUUCUGCUUAUUCCUGUCAUUGGAUACAUAACCAGUCAAGUUUUUAAUUUUCCAUUAUUUGUUUAUGGAUUUGGUGAAAUUUUUGGGGAAAUAAAACCAACCCAGGAAGAUUACCAAGACUUCUGGUCUUUGUUGUGUUACAAUAAUGGCCAUGCUGCAUCAUACAAAGUGAUAAAUUUUUUACGUGAGCGAAAAAAAUUUAAGGAGAGAUGGGUUGGAGCCCUGAAACAAACACAAGUAAAAGUUUUAUUCAUAUAUGGCCCUGCAGAUCCAGUUAAUCCUCCAGAAUUCAUUUCACAAUUUAGGAAAACAGUGCCAGGGAAAACUAUUGUCUCACUUUCACCUGAUGUUGGUCACUACCCUCAGUGGGAGUCACCCAGAGAAGUCACCAGAGCUUUCAUAACAUUUUUAAAACCUCUUUUAAUGUUUGUAACUGAGACUUAAUUUAAUUUGGUUAAAAUAAUUAUUUGCGUUUCAUUACAUAUUAUGUUUUUUUGUGUUACUUAAAAUUGAAAGCAUUUGUUAAUGAAUUUAUCAGAAGUUUAUUAAAUGUGGAAAAAAAAUGACAACAAAGGAAAAAUAUUGAGACAUUUUAUUUCUUAUAUACAAUAUAAAAAGGCAUUUACUUUAACACUAUAAUUAAUAAUUUAAAUCAUGCUGCCAUUUUAAUUAUAGCAGCUUAAAAAACUAUGUUGCUUAAUGAUUGCUUGAAUGUAUGUAAAACAAAAUAAAUUAUUUAAAAUGUAUCAUACUAUAAUUGACAUAUAAUAGUUAGUAAGACAAACAAUUUAAUUUUUUAAAACUAAAAGACAUUCUUUUGUUACAAAAAAAACUCUCUUUGUACUAUGUACACAUUAUUGUUGAAAAAAUAAUAAUAAAAAAAUAAAUUACAUUACUAAAUAGCAUAUGAAAUAUGAAAAAAUGUUUUUGUAAGAUAUUUAGAACCUAGUUAAACUACAUGUUAAUAAUUACUACUUUUGAUGUUGUUUCUUUUUUAUUUGACUGUUACAAAUUAAUAUGAAAAUUGAAUGUUAUUUGUAUUCUUUGAAAUGUGAUGAUUUGAAAACAAAAAUUAAUUUGUGAUUUUACAAGAGCUGUGAUGUAUUAGUAGGUUUCUAUGUUUCUAUUCAUUUUAAACAAAUAUUAAAAAUACAUUAAUGAACAUUCUA